AUGUCAAAGAAGCAACUAAAUAAUGACAAUGAUGACCAUACCAACACUAAGAGAUCAAAGGGUAUAAUGAUGUCAAAUGAACAACAUCUACAACAACAGCAGCAGCAACAACAGCACACUCAUUAUGUUUACGAUGAUAAUUAUGAUGACGAUGGUGAUGAUGAGAUUGAACUCAUUGCACAACAACAUCAACAACAUCAACAUCAUCAACAGCAAUACAAUUCACCUACCUUUGUAAGGUUGCCUCAACAGCCAACAGAGGGACCAAUCGAAGAGUCAUACAUACAGCAUCAGCAACAACAACAACAUGUAGUUGAUCAUAUAAGAAGAUCAGCUGAUGUAGAGUUCAACAACAUACCAUUGAUGAUACCAAACAACAAUAACAACAAUAUGUUAUCACCAAAGAGAACACACAAACGAUCAAACUCUCAUGGUCCAUCGUUGCUGCGCACUUCAGGCAACAUGAUGCAGUCACCACCGAUAAUCGUCUCACCUCAGCCCAUGAUGCCAACACUUCACUCUCCACCCAAUCGUCAGAUCGUCUCGCCAUCAAUGUCACGCAACUCCUACAGGACUUGGUCACCGUCACGUGUUCGCAAGAGCAAGUCUGGCACUACAAUGGAACAGAUCACCAGUCAACUGCCAAAUAUGAUGAUCUCCAGCAACAUUGCUGCCGGAGGUGGUGCUGUGACCACAACAUCGCCCAAAGACCUACACGUCAUCUCACCGGCUCUUUCCCCACGCGGUGGAGAGCAUCGACGUACCAUCUCUUGGGAGGCACCCAUCGAGGGUGAGUCACUGGAGGCACUCAACCAGUUGAUCAAGGAGAAGAAGGAUGCUCUUUUGCAUCGCGAGCGAGAGCUUCUGCAACAACAAAGGAUGCUCAGUGAGAGUCUCAAGUAUGCAGGUGAUAUGCCAGUUGGUGUGAUGCCCAACCCACCAAUCACAUCACUCAAGUCCAAGCAUAAUCGAUCAAAGUCCGACACCAACACCAUAGUCAAGUUGAACCAGAUGAAGAAACAGAAUGAGCAACCUGGCUACAACAGUACAUCUAGCGAACAACAAUAUCAACAAUACUUGUUGCCCAUGGCUGUCAAGAGUCCAAAGACAAACUUGACUCCAAAUGAGUCAAGGAGUCCUAGACCUCAUUCAACUCCAAGACCAAUCUCAAAAGAGUACAAUGAGUACCAUAAACAGCAGCAGCAACAGCAGCAACAACAACAGUCACAACUGUAUCCCCAUGUAACAACAACUACCACAACGACAACAACAUCCACCACAUCGCCACUCACAGCAUACUCGCGAAGAAAGUCAGUGGAUCCAUAUCAGUUCGCGUCGUUAAACUCGGCGUCGCAUCUGAACUCUAGGACACCAAUUGGCGGCAGUGGCGGCGCAAGUUUCAACAAGCCGACGCUCUCCAAUCAGUACUUCAACAAUCUAAUGCAGAUGGACUUGCACGAGCUGGAGGAGGAGAUCGAUAAGGAGAUCCAGCAGGUGAUCCUGCAGACCAAGAGCAUCGAGGGCAAGGUGGAGAUGCUGGAGCGCGUGCGCUGUACUGCCCCAGACCCCUUGUUGAUGUUGUUUGGUGAGAAUUGCAGGCCACCCAAUGUUCAAAAGACCAACAAGAGCAAGCAAUCGACGUCCAUGUCACCGUCCACUCUCUCGCCGGCCAACAAUCCAAAUACCUUUGUCACCUCACCAUCCCUUGUACACUAUCCAUCCAAUUCCUCCUCCUCUGCCACCUUCACCAACAUCCCCUACGAACCCACAACAACAACCUCACACAACAAGCCAAUCCACCAUCACCAUCCUUCCACACGAGGACCCGAUCGCUCCAAGAGCAAGAACCUUUCCUCUGCCAUCCCAAGGUCGUCGGCUUUCAGUCCACCACCCAGACCAUAG